GCUUUUGAAGGGAGGAGGAAAGGCAGAACCGCAGAAAAAACAAGAUGGCGAAACGCAAGCGACGUUCACGUGCGGCUGAAGAGGAUGUCGAACCGGCCGAAAAAGAAGAGGUUCUACCCCCGAUUUCUCGGAAAUCGGACGAACCUCCGCAGAAAAAGACGAAAUGGAUCAACAAACAGCGGGUCAUGAUCUUUGCGUCGCGAGGCAUAACGUUCCGAGAUCGACAUCUGAUGCUGAAUCUGCGCACAAUGCUACCACACUCGAAGCCAGAGUCAAAGAUGGAGAAGAAGGAUCCCCUUGUUGUGAUCAACGAGAUCUGCGAAAUGAAGAACUGCAACAAGUGUAUAUAUUUCGAAAACAAGAAGAGGAAGGAUUUGUACCUAUGGAUGUCCAACGUGCCCAAUGGUCCUUCGGUGAAGUUCCUUGUGGAGAAUGUUCACACCAUGGAAGAGCUCAAGAUGACAGGAAACUGCCUGAAGGGGUCCAGACCGCUCUUGUCGUUUGACAAGGCAUUCAACGAGAACCCAUACACGAAGCUGCUCAAAGAGCUGCUGUGUCAGGUGUUUGGCACGCCGAGGCACCACCCCAAGAGUCAGCCGUUUGUCGACCACGUGUUCACCUUCUCGCUGCUGGACCACCGGAUAUGGUUCCGCAACUACCAGAUCGUCGAGGAGGAAGGCUCGCUCGUCGAGAUUGGUCCUCGCUUCGUGUUGAACCCGAUCAAGGUGUUUGAGGGCAGCUUUGGAGGACCAGUGAUCUACAGCAACCCUCACUACGUCACACCCAGUGCAUACAGGCGUACGUUGAAGCAGGCGGCCGCCAGCAAGUACAAGGGACGCAAGGAAGCGAAGGCCAACCUGAAGCACCGGAUUGCAGAGGGACCGGCUCCUUCCAACCCAAUAGACGAAAUCUUCGAGACAAUUCCUCCAGAGAAAGCGAAGGGCAAGGACAAGCUCCUGUUCCAACGAAAGAAGCAGUGAACUGCGGGACUUUGUGGUCUUCAAUUGUCAUUUUCCUUCUCUUACUUUACUGGAAAGUGCCUCGCGCAAAGUUUUCAGUAAAGGAACAACAUCAACAUGAA